CGUGUUCUAAAUCACAUAUAAUGAGAAUUCUAAGUUUUAGAACAUCGGAUAUAUGUGACAUGGGAUGAUCAUCUGAGCCAUCUAACACGUUCGCUGUUUGCUGUACUGGGAACGAGCUAUUUGUUAUUAUUGUGUAUUAUAAAUUCUAAAUAGAAGUUCGCCAAAAUGGCGGAUUCUUGCAAGCGUUUUAAGGCAUGCAAAAUUCGCGUUAAUACGCAGACAACAAAGGGAAAAAAAACUACAAGACAUGUGCGUUUAAAUUCAAAGAACUAUUGCAAGAUUUCUCAGGAGUCAAGUUCGAGUAAGCAGAAGUCUUUCACAACGGGAAUGGAAGAAGAACAUGUUGAUGGUUCAAAUAUCGACGAUAUAAAUAGCAGCCAUGAAAGUGAUGACCAAGCUUUUUCUAGUCUUUCACGAUAUCACUUGCGCCGGGUGAAAGAGUAUCACAGUUGGGAAGAUGUGAGGGGGUCUCUUUUGCAAGCACGCAUUGAGGAAGAAGCUUUUUGUGACGAAAGUAUAAUGUGCAUCGAGUGCCAUAACAACUUCGCUGUUUGUCGCUGCGUGGAUUGUGGUCCUAGACAGUUGUUUUGCAUCAACUGCGCGAAAACUAUCCACGAACAACGCAACGUCUUUCACCUACUUGAAAUUUUCAAGGAUGGUUGUUUUGUUCCUUUAUUUGUUAAUCAUGGUGUUUUGACUCUUGAUCACCAAAGAAAUUGUCCAACUGCACAAGCACAAAACAUUAUUUGUAUUGAUGAAAAAGGGCAUCAACACUUGAAAUGGAUCAACUUUUGUAACUGUGAAGAUGCUGCAGUUACACUUGUAAAGUUCCAAUUAUGGCCAGGAUCAGCUGUUAGACCUCAGGUUGCAUUUCAUUUUAAGUUGGUUACACUUGCUGAGACACUUCUAUUGGAAUGCCAUGUAUCGUUAAAGAAAUUUUGUGAUGUGUUGGGCCUCAAUAAGUCCAAUAUGCUUCCUGUUUGGAUAUCACCAACAUUUGUUCAAAACAAUGAAACAAUUUGUCUUGCAACAAAAACCUGACAAUGUUUGCCCGUUAUGUCCUUUGCAGAGUGAAACUGAUACUGACAAGAAUGUUGCCAUUGAGUGCAUGGAUGGAUGUUUUGGGCUUGUGAGAAAAAAGUCUGCUGGUGCGAAUCUUUUACCUGCCAGACACAAUGGUACAUUUUUUGCCAAUCAGGAUGAUGUCGAUAGCUUUGUUGAUGACAACUCAAAGAAGGCAAAGCAAGCCCCUACUGAUUGCAAUGAAUUUAAAUCUGGUGAGGUUAGUAACAUGUUACGAUCCAAAGGAAGAAAUAAGCUUUUUGACGAGAAGGGAGUGUUUGGUAGAGUAUGCAGACAUGAAUACCCAAGGGGAUUUAUGAGUAUCAAACAUGGAGAAAGGAUAGCAUAUUCAGUGUAUGAGGUUAAAAAGCUUCUGUGUCAUUAUGAUGAGGAUACUGAUGUUAAAAUAAUGUAUGACAUUGCAUGUACUUUGUCUGCCCACCUAAAGAAAAACGAAGAGCAUACCAUUCUUGGACGCAUUGACUUGGCAAUUCCUGUUUUCCAUGCAUAUGGACAUAAAUCUUCUUGCCAGGUUGCUUUUGGUCCUAGAAGAAAGGAGGGAUUUGGCCUUACUGACGGUGAAGGAAUUGAAAGACUUUGGUCUUACCUCAGAGGAUUUUCAUCAAUGACAAAGGAAAUGACAGCUGGUCGAAGGGUUGACGUAUUAACAGAUGCGCUUCUUCACCAUGCAAGACAUCGUCUUCUACAGUUUGGUCCGGCAUUGUUGUCUAAAAUGCAAAAAACAAAGAAACUAAUGGAAAACUCAGUAGUACAGUUGGAGGAGAUCUUUUCAGAUUUAAAAGUUUCCUAUGGUACUGAUGUAAUUAACUCUUGGAUGAAAGCAGAAGAGAAUAUGUUGUUAAUGAGAGGCAAGAGAAAACCAUCGCCCAUGUCGUGGGAGGCUAAAUACGUACAGAACUUAGUUUUCUUGCAGGAACUGAGACAAGGCAUUGCUUCAACAGAAGCUGAAAAUCAUGAAACCAUAAACGAGCUUGUAAAGAGGAAGAAAGCGAUUUUAAAAAUUGUCAUGGGAAUUGAAAAAAGCUACAAGGUUCACCCAAGAUGGAGAAUGGGCGAGGAGAAAUUCAACGUGGCAGCAUUGUCUGUUCUUCGGGAUAGGCGAAACCAAGCAUUAGAAAAAUUAUACUCACUUGCAGUCGAACGUAUGUUCUUAUUAAAUUUGAAGCGAAAAUAUGCAGACGGCCAAGCAAUUGCAGAGAAAGUUUCUAAGCAGAUAACACAAAGGACGAAUUCUGCUAAAGUAGUUGUUGAAAAGUACAACGCUAGCCUUGCUGCUUGGAAAGACAAUGUAACUGGGUUGCCAGAAGAGCUAGAGUUUGACAAGGUAAAAGAUCCAGAAUCCGACCUAUAUAAGGAUUUCAGAGAAAGCACUUUGAGUGAGGAUCAAGUUCCAUAUUCUGUGAAGAAAAGCGCAAUAGAUUUGCAUAAUUUCAUCGAAAGAUGCAAGGAGGAAACAAGUUAUUUGAAAACUGAAAUGUGUAGGCUUGUUACGUAUCACCAAACCCAAAAGUCAAGUUUUUUAGAAUGGCUGAAGGACAACAAUGACUCGUCAUCAACCGUACUCAUUCGAGGAAUUCGGUGCAUACUUCAAAGAAAGAUUCUGGAAGAGGAAAACAAACUAAUUGUUCUUGGUGCAACGUUUGGCAAUCACCUACCAGAUAAUGUAUCAUCGUCCAUUCCAAAAAUCGAAUGGAGUCAUGAAAGCACCAUGCCCUCUACCAAACACGUUUUCGAGAACUUGGAUCAACUAGAUGACCAAAGGGAACAGAGUGAAGAACAGGACGAUGAGAUAUUGUCAAUUUUAGACAGUUCAGAUGACGAGGUUGAAGAUGAAUCUGAAAUGGAUUUCUAAAUAAAUGCAAAGCUCUCUGUAUCAUUUUGCAUGAUGUUUGAUGUACAUAAUAGGUUUUUUAAUUAUAUAUCUUGUCUAUA